GGACGAGUUGUACGCGCAACUUUUUGUUCGGAGUUCGAUCUUUGUCCGUGGAUCGAACGAGGAGGCGGGUUACUCCGAAUUCGAGAUACGUCAUCGAUACGCCGCCCGUGUAUCGUUGUCUCAGUCCAUUGGUAUAUUGUGAAUCGGCCUCUUCGUUCAAGAGCCGACGCGCUCCGAUCUGCCCUCCACUAGUUACUAGUCCUUUCCGUAAACCGACGGAAACACCCGAGGUAGGACGGCCUGCGCUUUGCGAGCGACGCGAACCGCCCUACGUCACAGUGAAGUAUGUGCUCUCGAGUGUAGAAAAUGGCUGCGCUCUCCGCUACCCCGGGUCGGCGCGGAUGUAAAUACGGCCUGUGGAUCAGCUUCGGAGCGUUUAUCGCGAGAUUCGUUGGCGCCUUAGGAAUAACGUGCUACUGCGAGGGACACUGUCCGGACGAUCGCCAAAAUGGAACGUGCGAAGGGCGACCCGGCGGCCAUUGUUUCAGCGCCGUCGAGGAAGUUUGGGACGCGGAGUCAGGAGAGUACGUGCCAGAAUGGUCGUUCGGGUGUCUGCCUCCGGACGAGCAGGGUUUCAUGCAAUGCAAGGGAUACCUAGUGCCGCACUUGCAAGGGAAGAGCAUAGUGUGUUGUAACAAGAGUGCCCUCUGCAACAAAGACUUGUACCCCGAGUACAAACCUAGGCCCACCGCGGUACCGAAUCCUAUGGCCAUAGCGUCCGGUGCGCCGCUGAUAAUAUUAGCCACCGUUCUCUCGAUCUGCCUAAUGUUAGUUUCGAUAGCCACGGUGAUGGUGUACCACAGGUACAGAAGGAAAGAGAGGGGACCCUGUCUGGUGCCCUCUCAGGGAACGUUGAAAGAUUUUAUUGAUCAGAGCAGCGGAUCCGGUUCGGGAUUACCUCUUCUGGUACAGCGAACGAUCGCCAAACAGUUGGCCUUGUCCCAGUGUGUCGGUAAAGGACGUUAUGGCGAAGUCUGGCUCGCCAGAUGGAGAGGCGAAAAGGUCGCGGUCAAGGUAUUUUUCACGCUGGAAGAAGCCUCUUGGUUCAGGGAAACCGAGAUUUAUCAGACGGUAUUGAUGAGGCACGAUAACGUACUGGGCUUCAUCGCUGCAGACAUAAAAGGAACCGGCUCUUGGACGCAGAUGUUACUGAUCACCGACUACCAUGAAAGAGGAUCGUUGUACGAUUACCUGCAGACCACCGUCCUCGAUCACCCCGCUUUACUCGCAAUUUGCCUUUCGAUCGCUUCUGGAAUCGCUCAUCUUCACACCGAGAUAUUUGGAACCCGCGGCAAGCCUGCCAUCGCUCAUCGCGAUAUCAAGAGCAGAAAUAUUUUGGUCAAACGAAACGGCGAAUGCGCGAUCGCCGAUUUCGGUUUGGCGGUGAGAUAUAUCAGCGAGAGCGGGGAAAUCGAUAUUGCGCCGAACACCCGGGUGGGCACCCGUCGAUACAUGGCUCCGGAAGUUCUGGAUGAGACUCUGAACGCGUCCUCCUUCGACGCGUUCAAAAUGGCGGAUAUAUAUUCGGUGGGCCUAGUGCUUUGGGAGGCGUGCAGGAGAUGCGUGACCGGUGCUAAAAAUUCGAUCGUCGAACCGUACGCUUUGCCGUAUCACGACGUCGUUCCGGCCGAUCCAGAUUUCGAGGAUAUGCGGUUAGCGGUUUGCGUGAAACGGUUACGCCCGGUGAUACCAGCGCGAUGGGAAAAUGACACGAUCCUAUUUGCUCUGAGUAAGCUUAUGGCCGAGUGUUGGCACGCGAAUCCUGCCGUUCGUUUGACGGCGCUGCGCGUGAAAAAAACGAUAUCCAAGUUACACAUCGACAACGCCAUCAAAAUCGUGUAGCGCUUGGCAUCGCUCGAAUACGUUCUAUUACUUGUUCUAAGCUUACCGACUAUUUUCCCCUUGUACAUAUAUGCUCCUGGUGUACAUAAGUUUAUCGACAGACUGCAAGCCCGAAGACUGAGUACUAACAUUUAUAAAUACACGACGAUGUAUGAACGCGAACAUUUUUAUGAUCGAUGAGUGAUUGGGUUUGGUUUUGGUUGUCGUCCUUGUCGUUGUCCUUGUCGUUGUCGUUAUCAUUGUCUGUCAUGAAAGCGGUUAAGUGAGUAUGUAUCGUGUGCGAAUGCUUUUCUCUCCUUUUACUUUCUGUUCUUUUCCUUUCUUCUCUUUCAUCUUAACGUCCGGCGUAACGCGGUCGUUUUAACGCUCUUCGAGUUCGUUCAACGUAGUCGAUGAUGGUUACUACUUAUUGUUAGGAAAGGUAACGUUGUUCUGCCAAGUAGUUGUUGGAGUAAGAUUAGCGGUUAAAAAUCUAUUAAAGGAAGCGAUGGCUUUAUCGUUUUUAUCCUAGCGUUUUACCGUACAAUUCGUGCGAAAAUUUAUGCUUGUGCGUCUAGAAAACAAUCAUCGAAGAGAUUACCGAUACGAAAAGUUGUGAAGAAUAGAUUUCGUUCGGGGAUACGAACGCGACCUUCUAACGUUGCAAACGUUUAACGAAAGCAGAACGUUCACGUAUUCCAAAUAUUCUUCCGUGUCGGAAUCUUGCUUCGUUUAUAAAAUUUCAUACGAUUUUUCGUAUACUCUUCUUUCAAUCUUGUUACGCUUAUUUUUCACUUGGAAAGCAGGAAUUGUUUCAUCGAACCUGCAGUUGCGUUGAUACGUACUUUUCUCCUCUCUUUCGUUUUCCUCCUUUUUCACCUUUUUGUACGAUCCUGUAUUAUCUGUACAGUAUGUAAUUUAUGUUUUUAAGUUGUACAAAUGAGAUAUAUCGUUUAGCUUAAGUGCAAUUAGAGAUAUAAAGUAUAUUAAAAACGUCGAUUGCCUAGACUUCGAAGAUACUUUUUAACGACGUGAUCGGCGUAACGAUAAUAAUUUUUACAGUUUAAUAAUCACCUAUAUCUAUGUAUAUAUAUUUUUUAUUUUUCUUUUUUUUUUUUUCAAAUUUUAAAGAUUUAUUCGAAUACGCGAUAGUUUGACGUAUUCGUGAUCUUUGUAAGAUGCACGGAUUAUGGAAAUCUCGAAAGGUUUUAAAGAACCGUUGCCAUUAAAAUCAUUGUUACGUCCGACUUCCGUGUACGCGCCAUGUAACGGGAGUCACUGUUAAAUAGUAUUUAAGUUUCUGUUCGGGAAGAUGAAUUGUAAUUGCAUUAAAAAUCAUAGCUGAUAGUUGGCUGAUCGCGGACAAUGAAAUUUAUAUUUUUAACGAGUAUUAAAUAUUAUAGUCUUUUUCAA